CAACUCCACAGCACGGCAGAGGCAGAGGGGGCUCUCCACGGGGCAGUAGAACCAUAAAACCGGGACUACCACUUUUAAUCGACAGCUCAUUCAGUCAUUUCUUCCAAAAAAAAUGACGGCGUCCAUUAUUUCUCCAUUCUUCGACUACAGAGAAGCGUCCAACAAGAACAGUAAGAUGUUCAACUACAGCAACAACAACAGUCUUGGUGGACCCCAGCUGACGUCUGUCCCAUGCCCCAGUGCCAACCUCUCCCCCUGCACCCCCGCUGGGUCCCUGCUGGACAGGAAGGCAGUGGGGGCCCCCUCUGCAGGAGGCCUGUUCCAACGCCGUCACUCAGUCAGCCUCCCCAGUGCAAAGUUCAGCCAGAACCAGUUUGUCAACAACCUUAAAAGGGAUCCCCCGGUGUUGGUGGGUAGCGGCUGCAGCAACAACAAGGAGAACCAUUUCCGUGAGCGCUCCUACUCUGAGCUGGGGGACAGGCUGUGGUCUAGCACUCAGGUGUGCAUGGGCGGAAGUGGCCAAGUCAACUCGAGCCGCUAUAAGACGGAGCUGUGCCGGCCCUUUGAGGAGAAUGGAACCUGUAAGUAUGGCGACAAGUGCCAGUUCGCCCACGGCAUGCACGAGCUGCGCAGCCUGAGCCGUCACCCAAAGUACAAGACGGAGCUGUGCCGCACCUUCCAUACCAUCGGCUUCUGCCCAUAUGGCCCCCGGUGCCACUUCAUCCACAAUGCAGAGGAGCGCCGCGGCCCCCCUCCCCUCUCCGCCUUCAACAAGAUGGAGCGCCCUCGGCUGCAGCACAGCUUCAGCUUUGCAGGCUUCCCUAGCUCCAGCGGCCAGCAGGACAGCCCCACCUCCGUCACACCCCCACCCAUGUUCUCCAACGAAGACCUGACAGAGUGGCAGAGCAACCCAUUUGCUUACUCCAGCCAGGAGCUUGCCAGCCUGUUUGGCCCCAGCUCAGGACCCCCACCCAUGUCUGAGCAUCAGGGUCUGACCCCACCUUCCCCAACUGCCCCCUGCCUUUUCCAACCUGCGUCAGAGAGCUCCCCCAGCCCCCCGGACUCUCUGUCUGACCAGGAGGGCUACCAGAGCAGCCUAGGCAGCCAGAGCGGGUCUGAGUCCCCGCUCCUGGAUCCCUCCCGUCGCCUUCCUAUUUUCAGCAGGCUCUCUGUCUCUGAUGAUUAAGGCGUCUGCAUCCCUGAGCUGAGAUGGGAGUAAAGGAAAGGGAGGGAGAGAGGAAGAUGGAGACCAUUCACCUCCCUAACUCCCCUUUCCUCCUCUCAGCCCUGUUUACAGAAGAAGCAGGCAGCUCUGUGGAUUGUUUUAUCCAGCGAGUCACAUCAGAAAUCCAGAUCAAGUCUCUUCCAAUAUUCUGAACAGUUGGUAAAGCAGAAUCUUAUUAGCUUAGCCCUGCACUGGUGCCAUGGUGGAAUGAAUGUGAAAAGUAGCUCAGAGAUCCCAUUAUAAAGUAGUUUAAUAUGGGCCGUAGGAGUGGAAGUGGGGUCAGUGUGUGUGUGUGUGUGUGUGUGUUCAGUACAGGGUGUCUCUGUGCUGUACAAUGUGUGUUGCAGUGUUGUGUAUCUUUACACAGCCAUUAUUAUUAUUAUUAUUAUUAUUAUUAUUAUUAUUAUUAUUAUUAUUAUUAUAAUAAUUCAGUGUUCAGCUCAGAUCAGCACCGCAAAAUCAACAAGAGGAAGUGGGAAAGAUUCUAAAAGUGCCUUGCCUAGCUUACACUAGUCACAAAUACUAGUCAUGCGAAGCCAACAGUAAUCAUGCCCAGUUUCCUUUUCCUUUGGCUUGUCACAUUGACAGAUUGCUUUCCUUCAGUCAGCCUGGAGUGCUGGUGCUAUGUGCCUUGUAAUAUAGAGCUGGUGGUCAGUUAUCAUUCUGUUUGCUUACCAGAGACUCACUUUUUAAAAACAGCCAGCAUUGGGAUGAAUCUUUUAAUGGGAUUCAAAAUGAUUUCUGGAGUUGGAGGUUGAGUUAAAGGGUCAUUUCACACAAAUUACCAGAAAAUGGAUUCUCUCAUUUAUCAUUAGUGGCAUACCUGUACAGACCAAAUCACCAUGUUUGUUUACAAUAACUUCUGGGUAGCAAACCCCUGUGUCAAGUACGUAAAAGCAAACAGCGCUGAGCAAACGGUAACUCGGGUUAGUUUUUAGCCACCUAAAGAGAGCCUGCCAAAAGAUGUUGUCAGUUUCAGUGCACGCUGUAUUUAGAAAAUUUUCACAGCUUUACCUUGCCAUCAGACUCCAUAGACAAAAACAUGUCGUUUUACUUUGCAGAACACAAGAGUUGCUGGUCUAAUGCUACCUUGACUGCUUAGUGUGUAGUAAAGAGUUGAAACAAUUUUAAGUAAAGUGCACACUUAAACUAAUACUCAUCUUUUUUUUUUUUAGGUGGCUAAGACACAAUUUUCUCCAGCCCCCAUCCACAGCAGUACAUUGCUCAGCCUAGCAAAGCAAAAAAAAAAGUCAGAUAGUUCGGACCACCGUGUUUAACUAUGUAUGUUUAAACGUUACAGUUAUGGCCAAAAUUGACAAUAGAAAUAAACAAGUUUCCAGUUUUCACAUAUGUCAGCAAUUCAGAUUGAUAGUUGUCGUUGUUGUUAGUGUGAAGUCAUAGUGAUUUGGUCUCUGGCUGUGCAGGUAGUGUUGAUUAUUUGUUUGGAGAUUUCUGUCUCCAUCCUAGUACAUUGGAGAUGUGUGAACUGUGCUCACAGUAUUAAAGAGUUCCAUUUACAUUAAUUUAAAGAGCAACAUCUUUCCCAGCGCGGUCUCCGUGUUAUUCUAUUGUCCACAAAAGUCACUGGAGACAGUUUUCACCCAGACUGUUCCUUUUGUGCGAAGUCGUUCCAAUAACAGCUAUUCCCACUGAGCUCUCUGGAGUAACAGAGUAAUGAUUUGAUCACACCCACGUGAAGUGGAUUUUCGCCUCGCGUUGCUCACCCCAGUGUGGACGCUGGAAUGUUUUUUGGUGUAUUUUGCAACAAUAUUUACUAUUAAUCGCUGCGCUAACAGUUGUGCUAACUAACUGGGGAAGGCAGCUAAAUGCUAGGUAGUUUCUUAGUUAAGUACAACCGAUAGCUGGAAUCAAGUGAUGUUAGCACGGUAAACAAGGAGGCUCAGGGCCCUGAACCAGCAUGAACCAAGAUGAUAACACUCUUAAUUGUUUUUCAUAUUGUCAUGGCAGCAAAUUACUGCUUUACUUCUUCUGUUUACUUUGCACAGUAGCAAACCGCCUUAAAUCACUAGAAGUGUUAUUCUGAGAGUCAGCUCAACAAAAUAGCUUACACUAGUCACAAAUACAUAUUUUCAAAUCUUAGCAUAUAACAUUACAUCUUUGCUCACUAAUCUCUGAGCCCUGUCCCUUUUUGUUCUGUGUCUGUACAGUAUAAACGUUCAGUGGCAGAGCUCCUGUGCUUGCAGACGGCAACAAUACAUUUGUCCUCCAUUUCUGAUUCUCUGUAACGUCAGGUGAAUCUCAACUAGACUUCAGUGCUAAUAGGUUUUUACAACACAGCGUCCCACAGAUUUCUCACUCAAGUCAAAAAUUUCAACUCGUGUGAAUAGUGCAAAUUUUCCAUGUUUGCAAUCACUUUGUAAUCUGGCUGUUGAAAUUACUUGCUUCAUGUUUCAGUGUGAACACACCUUAACAGAGACUCUACACCGUAGGGGUUUAACUGUUAAAAUAAUUUCUUUGCCAACAAUUUAAUAAGGAGAGAAGUAUUUGUUUUGUUUUUUAAGAUUUGGGUGAACUGACCCUUGAACAGACUGCCAGCAGACAGCAUUUACAGCAGGUGGCAGGCUCCUCGUGUUAACUGGUCACGUUUGUCUUAAGAAUUCAAACUCUGCUAAAAUGUUUUGAUCGUUUGAUCAUGUUGGUCAGCAGCUGAGCCUGUCCAGCCCCCCAUAUAUCAGUUCUCUCAGUCAGCUGUCUGAAAUCAAACGCGCUCCUGUUAAUUCCACCAUGUUCAUUAUUAUCAUUAUCAUUAUUAUUAUUAUUAUUAUUAUUAUGUUAUUAUUAUUAUUAGUAUUAUUAUUAUUAUUGUCUAGUUUUUUUCCCCCCCAAAGCCUUGUCAGUAAGGGCUUUGGCAGUCAUUGCUUAUUUAUCAAAAUGUAUUUAUUGCUGAUCUUAAGCAUUUUUAUUUUGUAUUUAUCUCGUUAAUGAAACAAUAGAAUAUAUAUUUUUCCUUUAUGUGAAAUUAUGAUCUUCCGUAUUAAUCGCAAGAUUGUGAAGACCUGUUUGUGUUAUUAUUAUUUUUUUUCCACAGUUAAUAUAUUACACUGCAAUGACAUGUUUUGUAACAUUUGAUUUAUUUUGAAAUCUUAAUUUAAAACACAAAGGUUUAUUUAUUGUCCUCCCAUGUGUUGGAUUGCAGGUCGAGCUUCUCUGUCGCAGUCUGAAGGCACAAAUGCACUGGAGGCAUCAGAGUUGAUGCCCCUGUGCAUGUUAGAGACAAAUUGUCGUUUGGGGGGGGGGGGGGGGGUGUUAGGUUCAAAUGAUGUUAAAAGCUAAUACAGUAUUAGCAAACUAAUCAGGUAACUAAGCUAGUGGCAUAUAGUUGUUAAGGGUGUGGAUAAAGUGUGAAUACACUCAGGGUGCAGGUGGUGCUGGGUUAACAGGGUUCUGUAUGCGGCUGUUGGGUGUUGGCGGCUCCAGAGAUGAUAGCCGGUGUGUCUGUUUCUGAAGCUAUUUCUUUCUUUCUACACAUUGUUUCCGUUUUUGCCAGAGCAGCUGAUGCCUAAAGUGUGAAAUUCACAAUGAAUGUAUAUAAACCCCAAGUUUAAUUGACAAGUGAAAUUAGAUCCGUUUUAUAUUUGCAAAAUAUUUUUUAAAAUUUGCAAAUCUUUGUAUUUGUAGAAGGUGUUUUAUAUUUACAGAUUACACAUUAACACACAAACUGUUGAUCUGUUAACACAAAUAGUUGUGACACAAACUCUUUUUCCGAACCUUUCAACCAUGUUUGGAUUGCACUAAAAUGUUUGGAGAAAAUAUGUUUGUAUUUCUCAGAUACAUAAAACAAUACAUUUAGUGGUUUUAGACCUCCAUCUUGUGUCAUUCUAGAACCAUCUGCAAAAAUAAUAUUGCACAGCACAAUUAGGGCUGGGCGUUAUCGAGAAAAUCAAGUAUCACAAUAACUUUGACCAAAUACGUUGAUAAUAAUAUUAUGAUGAUAUUGUAGGGUUAACUACUGGUGCUUUCACAAAAUAUGUACUCAGAUAUUUUUUUUGUUUUUCAUAAAUAAUCAUCAGUAAUGUGGAUAUGAUGACUAAUUGGGUGAAGACAAAUAAUAGAACAGCUACAACAGUUGGGCAAGUUCUGAAAAUGACAUCACUUUACUGUAAUGCAGCCUUUAAAAACAGGAAAAGACAACACAACACAUAUCCAAAGUCUACAAGCAUAUCGAGUCUCAUAUCACCAUGUUGAUAUAUUGCCCAGCCCUGAGCACAAUAUUCAAAUGUGACUAUUAAUACUUACCUAUUGAAUUUGUUUGAAUGCUGGAACCCUGUUUACAGCUCCCACCUGCAUCUUGCUAAAUGUUAAAUUUCCAGACUGAAGUGCCACACAGUAACCAGAGCUUCCACUGUGUUCAGGGCUCAUCCCUGCUGCAGUUCUGGGCAGCAUCUUUAUUCUCUCAAAUAUAAACUGGCUCUGGAACAGUCCCAUCAGUGUCCUCUAUUAGGAUGAUUUGAUUAUUAGUAUCACUGAAUCAGUUUAACCCUGUGACUAAAGCAUUUAAAGCUCUUAUUUUGACAAGGUGAUGGAAGCAUGCCUGUCCCAUGGUAUCACGCACAGACUUAUUAGCACUUUGAGUCAUCAUGAUGGUGAUGAUGAUGUAAAGGUUAUUUUUUAACCACUUUUGCCCAUGAAAGUGCCUAUAAAUACAUUCCAGGUGUCCCACAUGUUGUGCCUUCAUAUUUUUCUAUAAGAGAGCAGAUAAAAGCCUUAAAUGUAUUCCUGUAGGUUAGAGGUUAACAGGAUUGACACAUGAGAAGCAACUGUUGAAUGUAUUCUCCAGCAGCUGUUGCUGUUACUACAGUGGUUUUGUUCAUGGUUUAUUUUGUAAUGACAGAUUGCAGUUAAAACCAAUAAAACAUGUAUUUAUAUUGAA